AUGGCUCCCCCUAAACAGUCCAAUCCUUCUUCUAAAGAUAUCAUAGAAGAAGCCAUUCAAAUCUCCACCCUACACCUUAACAAUGCAAUGCAAGGAACUCAAGAGCAAAUGGAUGAGAGAUUUGCUCAAAUCUCUUCGGAUCUCUCAAACCUUCAAACAAGGUUAGACAAUGACAAAUCCAUUGAAGACUCAAGGUAUGAUUCUCUCAUGGUUGUCCUCACCAAAAUAUCACUUCAAAGAGAGCAACCUUCCACCUCUCAAAACGCGGGUACUGUUCAUGGGUCUGGUACAGCUACUGUUCACGGAACAGUAAAUCCGCCCAGCUCCGUCACUGUUCACGGACCAGCUGCCUUCGCUACUGUUCACGGAACAGUAACCCCAUCAGGUAUGGUACACAAUCCUACUUCUAACCCUAGGGUAGCAGCAGCCUUGUCUAAUAUUCUAUCACCUACCAACACACCCAUAAUACAUUCUGCCCACUUUUCUACCACACACACUCAACCCACACCCAUGAGAUACAACAACACACAUAUUCCACCACAAUUCCCACCUUACCCACCAAUUCCUUCAAUCUUGACAUCCUCCCAACCAUUCAGCCUUCCCUUUUCUCAACAGUUUCCACUUUCACAAAUGUCACACCAGCCAGCAUAUCCCAAUCUCUCUCAUAUACCACCCCUUCCAGCUAUUAGAACCCCAAAACUUGAACUCCAUAUGUUUGAUGGGUCAGAACCUCUUGAUUGGUUGUUUCAAGCUGAGCAAUUUUUUAAUUUUUAUAAUAUGCCACCGGAAAACCGUUUGUCAUUAAUAUCAUUUUACAUGAAGGGUGAUGCUUUGUCUUGGUUUAAAUGGAUGCAUCAAAGUCAUUUGUUAACCGAUUGGUUUUCUUUUCUCAAAGCCUUAGAAUUACGUUUUGGUCCUUCCACUUUUGACAACCACCAAGCUGAAUUAUUUAAAUUGAAACAAGAUGGAUCGGUGGUUGAUUAUCAAACGAAAUUUGAAAAGUUAGGGAACCAAGUGGUUGGCUUGCCACCGGAUGCCAUAUUGAAUUGCUUCAUUUCCGGUUUAACGAAUGAGAUUCAAAAUGAAAUGGCAAUUCACAAACCCACCAACAUUUCACAAGCUAUUGGUUUAGCUAAAUUAAUUGAAUCUAAGUUGAAAGAUUCUAAACCCAAAUUCCCUAAACCAUUUUCAAAUGCUUAUCAUAAAACUUCUGCCCCUUCAGCCAACACCAUGUCCAAACCCCCUAACAUUUCCAAUACCCAAAGCCCAAGCCCCUUCAAAGCCCAAACAAGCUCUGCCCCAUCAAAAUUCCCAAUUAAAAGACUCUCCCAAGCCCAACUACAAGAGCGUAGAGCCCAAUGUCUAUGCUUUAAUUGUGAUGAAAAAUUUGUUAUUGGACAUAAAUGUUCAACAAGCAGAUUUUUAAUUCUUAUGGCGGAUGAAGAACCUACUUGUGAGCCCACUAAUUUGGAAGAUAUUGUCGAAUCCGAAAUCGAGCAAGAUUUAAAUGAUACUUAUUUCCAUAUCUCUCCCCAAGAUUUAACAGGACAAUUCUCACCACAAACACUUAAAUUCAAAGGCAAGAUUGGUGGUUUAUCGGUAAUGGUUUUAGUGGACACCGGUAGCACCCAUAACAUUAUGCAACCCAGAAUUGCUCAACAUCUCAAUCUCACCUCUACACCCAUUACUCAAUUUUCUGUCAUGGUGGGAAAUGGCUCCCACUUAAAGUGUGAAGGCAUUUGCAAUAACGUUCCAAUCACAUUACAAACAGAACUUUUCCAUCUUCCAUUCUAUCUCUUGCCAAUUGAAGGAGCCGAUGUUGUUCUUGGAAUGGCUUGGCUAAGAACAUUGGGUCCUUUGCAAGCAGAUUUUUCCAUUCCGUCCAUCUCAUUCACCCAUCAUAACAACCUCAUUACAUUGAAAGGAGAUCCCACAGCCCAUCCCACCCAUACUACUUAUCAUCAGCUAAAGCACCUCAUACACACCAAUUCUGUUGCCUCUUUCCAUCUCAUGUUUUUCCAAAAUCAUCAUCCUGAUCCACAUUAUCCUAGCCCACGUGAUUCCUUAUCCAACCCAGCACCAAAACUUUCCCCAAAAAUACAAACACUUCUCACAAAACACCAAACUAUCUUUCAGCCUCAAGAAGGCCUUCCCCCAGCCAGACCCCAUGAUCACCAUAUUGAGGGGAUUAUUAUUCCUAGUCGCAACCCUUUUUUCUCACCCGUCUUACUAGUAAAAAAGAAAGAUGGUACUUGGAGAUUUUGUGUAGACUAUCGCGCACUUAAUGCAGUAACCAUUAAAGACCGUUUUCCCAUCCCAACCAUUGAUGAACUUCUUGAUGAGUUAGGCAAUGCUACUUAUUUUACUAAGUUAGAUUUACGCUCUGGCUACCAUCAGAUCCGCGUUGCAUCGAAAGACACGCAUAAGACUGCUUUUCGGACUUUCGACGGGCAUUAUGAGUUUCUCGUAAUGCCUUUCAGUGCCAAUUUUGAUGAUCACUUAGCUCAUUUGCAGGUUAUUUUUGAUCUAUUGAAGUCUCAUGCUUUUGUGGUGAAGCUACCUAAGUUUGUUUUUGCAGUCAAACAGGUUAACUACUUAGGACAUAUCAUUUCAGUUGGAGGAGUUGCUCCAGAUCCAGAAAAGGUGCAGGCCAUGUUGGAUUGGCCUACUCCAUGUUCACUCACGUCUCUCCGCGGUUUCUUAGGCCACACCGGUUUCUAUCGUCACUUUGUGAAAAACUACGCCACUCUCGCCGCUCCCCUCACCGAUUUAUUACGUUCCACUAAAUUUGUAUGGAGUACAGAGGCGGCCGCAGCCUUUACAGAAUUACAGAAGAAGAUGACCGACAUGUCGGUCCUGGCUUUGCCAGACUUUACAAAACAAUUCAUUAUAGAGACAGAUGCUUCAGGAAUCGCCAUUGGCGCAGUACUUUCACAAGAUGGGCACCAUAUCGCCUUCUUCAGCAAAAAGAUGUGUCCAAGGAUGCAGGCUUCAUCAGUCUAUGUACGCGAGAUGUUUGCUGUAACAGAAGCAGUAAAAAAAUGGCGUCAAUAUCUCAUAGGGCAGAAGUUUCACAUUUACACUGAUCAGAAAAGCUUACGAAACCUACUGUUACAGCGAAUUCAAACACCAGAACAACAGAAAUGGGCAGCAAAGUUACAAGGGUUUAACUUUGAGAUAUUUUACAAACCUGGAAAAUAG